UCUCAUCUAGUUACUAUCUUCUCCAUUAAAGAACCAUUACUGGUCUGUGCGACCGCGAUUAGCAUCAUAUGCUACUUAUUUGAGAAACUGCUGAUUGGAUUGGUUUUUCAGAAGAGAGGGAAAAGCUUGGAGACAUGGAGGCUCAGCCUGGAAACGUAGGGGCUCUCCCUGGAAACAUGGAUGCUCAGCCUGGAAACGUGGAUGUUCAGCCUGAAAACGUGGAUGCUCAGCCUGGAAACAUGGAGGCUCAGCCUGGAAACAUGGAGGUUCAGCCUGGAAACAUGGAGGUUCAGCCUGGAAACAUGGAGGCUCAGCCUGGAAACGUGGAGGCUCAGCCUGAAGGAAUUCCACCUCAAAAUCGUCCAAAAUCAAAAUCAAAGAAGAAAUCAAAGAAAAAGCAGCCGCAGCAUUCUGCUGACAUAGUCUACACAAAAGGGGGCACAAUCCAUACCGUGCCCUCUCUCAGCAAAAUAUUGACCGGGAUUACAGAUUCCAUUGUUGGUCUUCAAUAUGUGUGGGAGUUCCGCAGCCCCACCAGGUCUGUCCAGCCCCACUACCAGUGCAAACUGUGCGCACUGUGUCGUUUGCAGCAUGACAUGAUCGAUCAUGUGAAAGGAUGGAAGCAUUGCUUCAGAUACUUGAAAAAAGCCCACCCCGACAAGGUAACAUGUGAAGAGGAGGAUGUAAUCAAGGACAAUGUAGUCAAGAAGAAUGUUAAAGCCAUUGUUGCUGAGGUGGAGAAGACGGAAGGAAGAGGACAAAUCAAGGUAAUCUUGAGGGAGCCCUUUAAAGUCCACGCUUUCAAAGGAAUGCGUUCUGCUCUUCCAAGAGCCGGGCCCCCAGUAGAUCCAGGGAUGGGACCAAUGGGCCCCCCCUUUGGUCCAAAUUUUUCGGACCCCAUGUUUUCUGGAGAGUUUUCUGGUCAUGGUGGUCCUUUCACGGACUACCAAGACAAUGAAUAUGGGAAUGCUGAAUAUGAAAACUACCAAUCAAAUGAAGAUUAUUCUGGCCUUGGCAUGGAUUGCGGAUCAAUUGGACAUCCACCAUCUGUGGGUGGAAAUGGUUUUAGCCCUGGUGGAACUGAAAGCUUCAGGAGUGGACCACCGAACAAUAGCUCCAACAAAAUGUUUCCGGAGUUCCAGGGCAGGCAGAUGGGUGGAAACUAUAUGAACAGGCCACCUGAGAGAUCUGGAGGAAUGGGAAUGCCUUCACAAAGUAGUACGCUUUCCACUACUCUGCUCACAUACCUGGAUACGUUCCGGAUACAGAAUGAGAGCGAUGCUCAGUUAGUGUUGAAGGUGACCCAGAAAUUAACUGACGUUUUGAUGGAGUACCGGCUGAGGAGCAUAUCAUCGGGUCCGCCUCCGAGCAGUUUGCCCAUGAGCUCCUCAAGCUUCUCCACUCCCUCCAGAUCACAGAGCACUAGUGAUCGAUACUCAAAUCUCUCAGGUCCAUCCAGGUAUUCUGAUGGUCCUCCAAGGUACUACAAAUGAGCAAAAGAUGGCUUCCUGGUUUCUUCCUGUCACUUCAACCCACAAUUGAAUACUUUUUGGAUUAUUUGUUUUUUUUAUAUACAUUUUGUUGGGCUCUUUUUGUUGCUUUUUACCAUUUCUUUCUAUCUGGGAGGAAAAAUAAGAUUAUUUUUAGAGGCAACUUAUUGCUGAUGUGACUUUGAGUUGAUCUUUUGAUUAUUUGGCAAUUGUUUUACCUAAUAAAAUUUGAAAACACCUUUAAA